CGCGUUCGGACACAUUCGCCUAAGCUCGCUCUUCCACUCACACACAGCGCCGCCUUCUCUUUUUGGCCAGCGCUCGACGCUCUCUCUCCCUCACUCUCUCCCGCUCUCUCAAGCCUCGUGCUCGUGUCCAAAGCGAGCUUUCGUCACACUUCCAACGCGUUCGCUGGCGUUCGCUCACUCGUUCGCUUAGUUGGUUGGAGCGUGGUCGCCGCGGUGUUUUUGUUGCUGCUUUUGGUGGGCCCUGGACAGCGGCGACAGGCAAAGCUGCGCAGCUUUCAGCGACAGCGGCUGAGGCAGAGGCAGAGGACCAGACGGCAGCGAAGACGCGCUCGCCGCUAAAACGUCGCAAGUAGUCGCGUACUUCCGCCGUUACCGUUAGCACCGCACACAAGCCGGAGCCGCAAAAGCGCGCACACACAUACACACGUUUACCGUUGGCCGUCGUCGCGGCAAAUAAUAACAGUUAAUCGAGAAGAAAAACAAAAAUAUAUCAAAAUACAAAACGAAAAUAAUACGUACGCAAUGGGAAAAUAAUAGAAAGAAAUAAGAAAAAAGAAACGAAAAGCAGGCAUUCUUCUGUGCAAUCCUCCAUUUUUUUUUCAAGUGUCUCGGAGUGUGCUUUACCAACCAAUUGGGUUUUUUUUCGAUUCGUUGUUGAGCCAACUCCAAUUGGAAUCUCUUUUGGGAAAAUGAAACCGCGUGCGAAGGUGACAACGACAGCGACGACAACAACAAAGGCAACAGCAAAACAGACACAGCUAAAAAACAAGGCUUGACGAAAAGUAUCAAACCCGAAGGAAGCAAAGGAAAACCCAAAGUCCGAGUGCAAAAGGUUCCUAUAGGAAAUAUACAACAAUCGCAAAAAAAAAAAUUAUAAAAAUAAAGGAAAAUAGAAAAUAAAAGUGAUAAAGUGCUCAAGUUUAGUUCCAUCAAAAUUUACAAAUAUCAUCCUUGUAUUUUGUUUGUUUUGUUCCGGUUUUCCUCCUUAUGACAGCCCAAGAAAAGCCAUCAAAAUGACAAAAACAACAACAAGUAAAACCAAAACUGAAGCUGUCUGAUUAGAAACUAAAUAAUACCAUUAAAAACUAUUUUUUUUAAUAAAAAAAAAAAACAAACACCGAAACAAGUGCAAUAAUAAGUAAACAAAAAAUACGAAGCGGAGAGUUGUAGUAAAAGAAAAACAAAACAAAAACCUAGAAUAUAUAUUUUGAAACUUUCUUUAUUGGAAUUGGAAAACCUCAAGUGGAAAUCGUUUAAAGUCGCGGUUAAAGUGUGUGUGUUUUUUUUUUAGAGAUCGGCAGGACAUUGCCCUUUGUGGGGUUAAGUGUGCCUGUGUCUGUGGCGAAGAUUAAAACACCUUCCGGAAACUGGAAAGAAAAAUGAGAAUUAAAAUGCCCGCGGUUCGAAUUGCACAAGAUUCCGACUCCACAGAGAACGAUGCCGUGGCCACGCAGGACAUCCUCACGUGCGGCGCCUGCCAGAAGGCUUUCGCCCUCUCGGACAUUGUUAAGUUCAUCCAGCACAAGGUGCUGCAGUGCAACAAGGAGAACUAUGGCCAGUGCGCCACCCAGAAUCCGCAAAUGGAUCGCGAUGCGGAGGAGGGUCGCCCACUGAGUCUGGUCAAUCGCCGGCCCUCGAUUUCUGCCCCCAUAUCCGCCCGCAAGACCCUACCGGGUGGAGGAGCAGGAGCAGCAGGAGCAAAUGCAUCCGCGGCAGCGGCAGCCACGGCAGCGGCGGCAGCAGCAGCAGCGGCAGCAGCGGCGGCCAGCAGCACGGCCAGCGGUUCGAGGAUACACACACCACCACCGAGUCCGGCGGAUUUGCUGGCGGAUGGAGCCAGCAGCACGCCCAAGCGGCUAGUAGAUGAAAACGACAAUACCACGCCCAAGGACAGCGAAACGGCGGCCACCACCACCACCACCUUGGACUCGAAUGCCGGUCCUGCGAGUCCAGCGGCCAUCGAGCGUCAGUCCACCGGCGACAUUAGCUGCGGCGAGGAUCUUGACCAGGAUCCAGCCAAGGUCAAGCAGGAGCCCUACGAGGAGCAGCAACGGCAGGAGCAGGCUCUCCUCGAGGAGCAGGAGGACGAGGAGAUGGAGGAGGAUGAGGAGGAGGAGGAGAAGCGCGAACAGUCGGCGGCCAAGCGGCCCAAAAUGGAGCUGGUCGAUGCCGAGGCCAACACAGUCCACACAGAGCCCAGCAACUACACCUGCUCCACCUGCAAGACCCGCUACACCUCCGCCUGGCGCCUCAUCCAGCAUGUCCAGCACUCGCACGGCGUCAAGAUCUACGUGGAGAGUCCGGGCGGCAAUGGCAAUGGUGCCACCUUGACGGUGGCCACCCCGGCGGCUCUAAACAGCAGCGCUUUGGCUCUGGCCGCCGCAGCAGCAGCUGCUGCUGCCGCCGCCUCCGGCCUGGCGAGUCCACAGCCAGCCACGGCGAUGAGUCCCAGUCCCAAGAGGAGCAGCCCGGCAGCAACUGGCAUCCUCUCCAGCUCCGUGAGCUCCGCCUGCUCCAACUCGCUGGUAAAUACCAGCGUUGGCAGCAACAACAGCAGCACCAACAGCAUUGGAUCGCCCCAGCAUCAACAGCAGCAAUUGCAGCUGCAGCAAGUGCAACAGCAGCAGCAGCAGGCGGCGCAGCAGCAGCAGCAGCAGCGCGUACAGCAACAGCAGCGUGAAAACCUGGCCUCGGCCAUGGCCGCGGGAAUGAGGCAUCAUCCGUUGCUGCCGCCACCAGAGGCCAUGCAUGCCAAUCCCUUCCAGCUGUUGCGCAUGCCGCUGCCCGGCAAUGUAGUUCCUACGGUGGCCCCCCUCUUCGGGCGCCCCUCGCCCGCCGAUCAUUACCGAAUGGAGCAGCUGGUGAGCGAGCAGUUCCGUCAUCAUGGCUUCAAUCUGGCCGCCGCCGCGGCUGCUGCCCAGGCGCAGGCCUUCAAUGGAGGUGUCCAAGUGCAGGAGCCGCGUCCGCCGUCGUCCAGCAGCAGUGGCAGUCAGCGUGGCUCAGUUCCCCCGGCUGCCCUACCUCCAGUGUCCCUCAGCUCCCAGCAGCAGCAGCAGCAGCAACAGCAGCAGCAACAAAGCGUGCAACAGCAAUCACAGAACCUGCAGCAGCAACAAUCCCAGCAGCAGCAGCAGCCGUCGCAGCAGCAGCAGCUCACACCCGGCCUGAUGGGCGGCAGUGUGGCUGGAGCAGGAGCUGGAGCAGCUCCCGCUGGCGCCUCCCUGAAGCUGGAACCGCAGCAGAUGGAUUUUUACUCGCAGCGAUUGCGUCAGCUUGCGGGCACAACAAGCCCUGGAGCUGGCAGCACUGUUAACUCGAGCUCGCCGAGUCCCCGACAGAAGCAAUCGCCGCACUUUGCGAGCCCCUCGCCCGCCGCCGGCGCCGGCGCCCAGCAGCAGCCACUGGUGGGCCAUCCCGCCCGGCCUCAUUCCCUCACCCCGCCUGAGAAGAUGGCAUCCGGAGGAGCGGAAAAUGGAGGCCUGGGCGGUUUAAUCCUGGCCAGCACUCCACGCUCGGCCAGCACGCCGCCCUCGAAGACGAGCAACAACAACAACAGCGGCAGCCAGGAGCAGCAGCAGCAGCUCCUCCAGCCGGAGCACUGCUUUGCCUGCGAUUACUGCGACAAAAAGUUCCGCUUCGAGAAUAAUCUGAUCAUCCACCAGCGGACGCACACUGGGGAGAAGCCCUACAAGUGCACCGCCUGCGACUUUGAGUGCUCCCACAUCCAGAAGCUGAUGAAGCACAUGCGGGUCCAUCGCAGUCCGGCCGAUGAGCAGGACGAUGGCAGCAACGAUGGCGCCGAUUCCCUGGAGACAAACGAGGCGGACAACGAUGAGGAUCCGAUGCCGGAUGAGUCCGAGGAGGAGAUGGGCGACAAUGACCCAGACAAUGAUCCCGACGGUGAUCUCGAUGGCGAGGAGGAGGACGAGGACGAGCUGGAUGAGUGCGAGGAUAUGGACUACAAGGCGGAGGACCUCAGUGUCAGCAAUCGUUUGGAUGGCAAGAGCCAGAGUCCCAAGACGACCAGCUCGGGUGCCACCUCGCUGGUGGGUGAGCUUAUGGAUAAGUUUGGUCUGUCCAAUAUCGCCCAGUACAGUGAGGCCUACAAGCAGGCCCUGCAGGAGUCGGGACGCAAGGAGGCGGCCGCCGCUGCUGCAGCUGCCGCAGCUGCUGCCGCCGCCGCUGCUGCGGAUAACAAUAAUCGCAGCGGUGGAGGUGCCGCUGCUGCGGAUAAGCUCAAUGGCCUGCCGGUGGCUGCCUUGAGAUUGCGCGACGAGUUCGCCAAGAAUUGCAACAUGUUCCAGCAGGAUGCCGCCGCCGCGGCGGCUGCUGGCGGUGCCCCAUCGCAGGUGCCCCUCUUCAAUCCCUUCCCCAAUCCCUUCGAGCUGAGCAAACGCAUGAAGAUGGACGGCGGCGACUGGUGGGGCAUGUCCCAGGCCCUGCAUCGAAACGAGGCCGCUCUCUUCGAGAACCUCAAGCUGAAGCCGCUGGGCCUGGGCGGGGCAGCCAACUCGCUGAUACAGGGACCGCUGCUCAAGAAGGAGAGCCGCCAGCGGAACGAUACCUGCGAGUUCUGCGGCAAGGUCUUCAAGAACUGCUCCAAUCUCACCGUUCACCGGCGGAGCCACACCGGCGAGAAGCCGUACAAGUGCGAGCUGUGCUCCUACGCCUGCGCCCAGAGCUCCAAGCUGACGCGACACAUGAAGACGCACGGGCGGACGGGCAAGGAUGUGUAUCGCUGCCGGUUCUGCGAUAUGCCCUUCAGUGUGCCCUCAACGCUGGAGAAACACAUGCGCAAGUGUGUGGUGAAUCAGGGCAAGGCGGCAGCGGCUGCCAAUGCUGUGGCUGCGGCCCAGGCGGCCCAGGCGGCGGCCCAGCAGCUCCAGGCAGCGGCAGCGGCCCAGGCGGUCCAGCAGCAGCAGCAUGGACAGCAGCAGCAGCAGCAGCAUGGUCAGCAGCAGCAGCAGCAACAGCAGCAGCAACUGUCGCCCAUGGGCGUGGUGGGCUACCCUCCGCAGUUCAACCUUUCGCUGCCGGGCAGCGUGUCCGGUGAUAAUGACUCCAAUGCCUCCUCCAGCAUGACCGGCGUCCAUCCCAUAACGCUGAAGGAGGAGGCAUGACUCUUUGGCGGCUUUCCCAUGCCCCUGGCCCCGCCCUCGGGGCCGCUUCCUCCACCUCCUCCUGCCAUGCAGCAGCAGCAGCCGCAGCAGCAGCAGCCGCCGACCAGUCGCAGUCGCAUCAUGUCGCGCAUCUUCUAAAGAUACAGCAGAUAUUCAUGUAUCCCUGGCAAUAGGGAUACGUGUGUAUGUUAGGACCCCUGUACAUAGGACUUUUUGUGAAAAAGUUUCGGCUCCAGCUCCAGCUCCAGCUCCUUCCAGGCGACAAACCACGACCAGAGGCAUUUAAUACCAAAGCAAUAACCGUUAUGUAAUAUAAUUUUAAAACAUUCAAAGCGUAAUAUUUUUUUUUUAACUAAAAACAACCCCCACAACACACACGCAAACGUAAACCUCCCUUAAACAUUUUUUUUUUUUUCGCUUGUAAUUUAUAUUAAAAUAUAGAUAUAUAUAUAGUAUAUAUAUACCUAUGUGUAGUAAUAAUCGGACACACGUUUUCCAGUGUAUUUUCUAGCAAGUAAUAUAAAAUUAAAUAUAAAUGCAAAAAAAAAAAACACAGAAAAAAAUAUUUAAAACCAGAAAAUUCACACA